AUGGAGACUUCUAGUCCUUUUGCUAUCAGCAUGGACCCUAGUCGGACUUACACCAUCCCUUCAGCCGCUGAACUUGAACGGCGAUAUGCAGAACUGAAACCUGGUGGUCGUUUCAAACCAAGUGGCUGCACGUCCCGUCACCGAAUGGCCAUCAUUGUGCCCUAUCGCGACCGAGAGUCCCACCUGAAGAUCUUCCUCAACAACCUUCACUCCAUGUUGCAACGACAGCAACUAGAUUACGGCAUCUACAUUGUUGAACAGGCCUUGCCAAGCAUGUUCAACAGAGCCAUGUUAUUGAACAUUGGAUACAAAGAAGCACUGAAGGACUAUGAUUUCCAGUGUUGCAUCUUCCACGACGUUGACCUCAUUCCAGAGAAUGAUAAGAACCUAUACACUUGUCCGGUGAAUCCCCGUCAUAUGUCAGUUGCCAUUGACAUCCAUAAUUACAAACUAUACUAUAAAGGCGCAUUUGGUGGAGUGACUGCUCUAACAAAGGAGCACAUGAACCAGGUCAAUGGCUUCUCAAACAGAUACUUUGGUUGGGGUAAGGAAGAUGAUGACAUGUUGAGGAGAGUUAAACUGAAUGGUUUAACAUAUUAUCGACGGUCAGAAGAAAUUGCACGAUACAAGAUGAUCAGACAUGGACGAGAUAAAUUAAAUCCGAAGAGCAAGGAUCAAGCCUUCUCAGAACACAUCGACUGA